CUUUCGCUCGCUGCAGUCGCGCCAUAUUGCCGUUUGUACACGUUGAAGGGAAGUACAAUGUCGAUAUCACACACAUACCAAUAUGAAACCCUUGAAGAUCCUUCCCGGCAGAUACGUUUGCUCAAACUGGACACCACUCACGACAAUGGAUCUGUCCUCACAGGAAGCUUAUCCGUGUACAAGAUUCCUCCACGAGACGGAAGCCGUGUAGCCAGGCUCAGCAAACAUCUACAACUACCCGGCUACUUUGCCUUGUCAUAUGUAUGGGGCACGGGCCCUGAUCGGCAUCCAAGUCAUGAAAUUAUCCUCGAUAAUAGGCGAUUCCCCAUCACAGCGACCCUCUAUGCGGCCUUGCAUUCAUACCGCUCUUUUGUGCCCGCGUCUAUUCGAUUCUAGGUCGAUGCCAUUUGCAUCAAUCAGGCAGACGAUGACGAGAAAUCAGCACAGGUGCCUCUCAUGCGCGAUAUCUACCAUCUCGCAGUGUCUGUACUUGUCUGGCUUGGCGAUAAAACCGAUGAGAUUAAUCGCUUAGAGCUGUUCAUUAGUAACCUCGUAAACGAAGGUUAUGUAACAAAGGGAGACAAAUGGGGCCGUGAAGUGACGGGCAUCGAAACCAAAGCUCGAGACAGGGGUGAAAGGAAACAGCCUUUGGCAAAAUUCAUCCGCAAUGAAUCUGAGAGACUAUUACUAAAGGGGGCAUUCAAAGGUGGCAUGGGUCUGCUCAGAGGAAUGCAAAUUGGUCUCGACGUGGAGUACAAUUCACUGAGUGAUCAUUUGAAUGACCAGAGAGUCAGGGAAGAUGAAUAUCUUCAACGUAUGGAAGAAAUAAAGUCCUGGUCGCCAAACGAAAGACAACUCAAACUAGUCCAAGGUGAAGAUUUCCAAGCAAUGGCAACACUACUUGAUAAAGUCCUAUUCUCGGACACUCAAUACUUCGAUAGGAUGUGGACACUGCAAGAACUGUGUGUAGCCAAUCGUGGCCUGGUGGAGGUGCUAGAGGUGAAUCUUGAAGAUUUGCUUUUGGUAUUUUACUACCUUCAGCGAACCUUCAACAUCCGCCACCUUAGUUUUGAAAAGAUCACCACACUCUUUGAGAUCAAUUCAAAGUUCAACAAUGGACAACGACUACCGUUAAGAGUCCUUCUUGCAUUGUCCGCUGGUAGAAACUCGGAAAAUCCAAGGGAUAGGAUCUAUGGCCUCCAUGGACUCAUGAAGGAUGAGCAAAAUCCUUUGCUUAAGCCAGAUUACAUGAAGCCAGUCGCAGAGGUCUACGCCAACGUUGCACGUCAUAUAAUUUCCACAGGAGAAUCCCUGGACGUGAUAUGUGGCCAUCAGCUACUUGGUAGACUUUCUGAACUGCCAUCUUGGGUUCCUGAUUUUCGUCAUUUCGGCUUGGAGGCAAGCAGCUUGGUGAACGCAAAUGGCGAGAACAUCAUCUACCGCGCCUCGGAAUCUGAGAAGCAUGCGCUACCAGAGCAUCCCUUCCACGUUACACGGGAGUGGCAAACUCUAAUCGUUACUGGAAUCUUUCUGGGCAAUGUUUCUGUAUUGUCAGAUAUCUUGGUGCCAGGUCAGGACCUCCAGACAGAAACUUUUGCUCUGCGUGAGAGACUAUGGUCGGCCAAGUUCAUUCAGAGUCAAGAAUGGGCACCAGAAGAAGCUCAAACGGUUGGUAACGUCUCAGAUCUCGUGGCAAUAUACGCCGAGUUCUAUCAAAACUCAAAUCGAGCCACUUUUUGGGCUCGUAACCCGGACAAAUUAGGUCGACUUCGAGCUAUGAUCGGCAAUGCGAACGACCAAAGAGAUGGUACGCUUGGUCUAAACUACAAAUAUUUUCUUACACUUCUUUGUGGUCGAAUAGCCAAAGAAACUCGUUGCAGUGAGGAGGAGCUUUCGGAACACUUUGCACGCUCGUGUAUCCCAGAUCAGGAAGGUAUCGAGACGCUCGAAAGAUUGUGUAAGGCUUUGGAUGCUGGAACACAAGGUCGCCGCCUCAUCAUGUCCGAGAGGAAGCAGAUGGGCGCGGCUACAGAGCAAACGCAAGAGAAUGACAUGAUUUAUGUCCUGAUGGGGUGUAGUGUAUCAGUUAUUCUGCGCAAGACAGCACGACCUAACGAGUUUCAAUUUAUUGGGGAGUGCUAUUGGCAUGGUUUCAUGGACGGCGAAGCUUUAGCGAUGAGAGAUGGGGACAAGGUAACGGCGCAUGAGUUCAACUUGGUGUGAUAGUUCGGUAAUGAUUUCGUCGAGUAAGUUUGGCCCUUGCAGUCUCUGCGUACUCCUUCAUUUCCGAGUCAGUCAAUCAGAAAGUGAAAUUUGCC